AUGACGUUGAGUCGAGCUCCCAGGCCAGAUUUAAAGGCGCCAAUACCUAAGGAGCCACCUUCUUAUGAAGAUUCGGAAGCUUCCCGUUCUUCGUCACCUUCUCGAGUCCAGAGCCCCGAGAAUCCUAGGAAACUACUCAUGAAGAUUAGAUCUCCUUCUACUCAAAGCUUGCAACUUGCGCAAACUACAAAAAAGAAGAACAUUCCAUAUCGACCACUGAAGGAACAACAAACAUAUAUUGAUCUGUUGGGUGAAAACGGCAUCAAUUCGUUGACUACUUUUUCAACUGGAACAAGAACCGAGUAUUUCGAUCUUCUUCCUUCCUUUCAGAUGUUUCAAUCCAUUUUGAAGAGAAAUGACUAUGAAUUUGAUGAGGACACUUUGGGACGCCCACCUGAGUAUGGAGAUACUGCGACCUCUUCUCCAACACCACCCCCUGAGCUUUCUCCCGUUAACACAAGAAGUAAUAUUGAUCAAAUUCUUAAUUCCGUUAGUGGUCGCCUCGAGGGGUAUAACAUUGCAGAUGAUGAGGAUGAGAAUGAGGGCCAGUAUCUUUUCUCGGAUAACGAGUCCGAAGACGGAUUACAAAGAAGUCCAAGAUUACGAAGCAUAGCAUCUAAUGACCAUACUGAACAUAAUUCAAGAAGUAAUAGUCGCCAACCUGGAGGUGCUGUUACUCAUGAGAGUUAUGGGCAUUCGGUUCUCGACAACAUCGAUAAGCUUCCUCAGGCUAGAUCUUCACCAUUAACGAUUGAAAUCUAUGUCACAAAAGAUGUACCUAUUCCGAAUGCCAACAACGAAGUCGAAACAAAGCUUAAGGAGUAUUCAUGUGGUGAUGUUGUUAAUGGUUAUAUCAUUAUAUCGAACACUUCAGAUCGGGACGUUGAUUUCGGCUUAUUUACUGUCAGUUUAGAGUGCACAAUCAAGGCGAUUUACCUGUCUUCAGAUCCGGCUACAAACAAAAGAAGUCAUAGGAUUCUUCUCAAGAAACUUUUGAAGAUGUAUGACCUCAAUGCGAGUUACAAUUAUGGUCCCAUUCCUAGCUCCGCAGGUAUUCAAUACAAUCUUGACGAUGUGGACGAAGUUGAUGGGACAAUCAUGGGACUUCCCAACGACAGGAUUCUCAAGGCUAACCUGAGAUACAAAAAGUUUAUCACCUUCAAGUUCCCCCAGAUGCUUUUGGAUAACACAUGCCCGCACAACGUUUUGAGGCAUACUAUGCCACCCCCUUCGUUUGGUAUUGAUAAUACCGCCUUCCUCGACAGGGCAAGCACGAUCACUGUCAAUAAGGCAUUGGGAUAUGGAUUUUUGAGCUACCGUGGAAGUCCUGUUAAAGUUAAAGAUUAUGCUUUCGAUGAUAUUAGUGUCUCAUAUACCAUAGAAGCAAAAUUUAUUGAUAAGAAGCACGCAGAAGAUCAACAAACUCCUGUUCAUGCACAUGAUAUCAAUCGCCCUGAUAGCGAGUCCAAGUAUAUUAUUUCCAAGAGCUCGCAAUAUUUCUUGCGAUUUAUUCCUGACAUCAAAACUCAAGUGGAUACUUAUAGUAGAAACUAUAAGAAUUUCAGGCAUGAUACUUUCGAUACUAUUGGUAUCGAUGGCAUGCUUUUCAGAAAUUUGGUUAAACGGUCGACCUGGAACUUUAUCAAUUUUAUGAACUCAACUCUUGAACAGGAAAUUCAAAAUGCUUUAGACAAACGUGAGUAUUCAAGUCAAGAUAUCAAGCGGAAGAAUCUAUUCAACAACUUGAAUGAUUCCAGCGAGAACGUCCUUUUGAGGCCAUCUCACACCAACAUCCACCUGACAUCCCAAAUUCAAGAUCAGCAGAACUACUACAUGGAGCGCAAAAUGAUUGGAAUUCAUGAACCAGUGGAUAUUUUUGGAAAGAAGAAAAAAAGAUUGUUGCUGACAAUGGUAAAGAUCGGCAUUGCAACUCUAUAUGCACAGGUACCUGAUAAGUUGAUUUCCUACGGCUCUCCUCGAUUGAUUCAAAAGUAUAACGAUGGUGUGAAAUCUGAAGCUGAGGCCCCAGGCUCUUCUCGAGAGUCUUUCACUCCUCUUCACCCUGUGUUUAGUAAUAUGGAGGAACUUUACAAUCGUGAUGACGAUUCAGUGCUCAAGAAUGUGAAGAUUGAGAUUGUGUUUGAUAACUUGGAAGAGACCGCUCGCCCACCAAGUAUUUCACAAAUAGAGUGCAACAUCGUUGCAUGGUCUUACCGUACGGACUACCCAAUUCCAGUUUCGUUCGAGCAUGAUUUCUUCUACACAAAACCAAAUGAUUCAGAUUGCAUCAUUUAUGCUGACGAUGUUGAGAACACGAAGGUGAACUUGCUGAAUUUGAAGGAACUGGUUAAUAAUUACAUUGACUUCUUAAAGGAGUCAAAAACCUAUAUUACACUGAACACAUAUUCUUACUUGAAAGGCUUGAGCAAGCUAGGGGUGAAGAAAGAUUCCAUUAAGGAAUAUUUCCAGACGAUUUUGCCAACUACUCAUCAUCUGAUCUUGAGUGAGGACAAUUGGAUAGCUCAUCAAAUUGAGAAGGGGAAAUUGAGAUGGACCAAAGAAAUGCUGGUUCCAUUGAGAGUUAUAAACAAGAAUAAUAUUACCUUACCACCCAGUUUUCAGAGUUGUUUGGUGGGUCGCCUUUAUUGCCUACAACUUGUUGUCAAGCUUAAAGGAGCAGAGGAACCUGCCAAUACCUUAAUAAUUGAUGUUCCUGUCUUAAUCGGGUGA